UUGAAGGACUUGAAAAUCUGAAAAAACUGACGUUGAAGAACAAUUCCAUCAACGAAAGGACCAUUCCAAAAGAUGCAUUCAAGAACCUGCAAAAACUCAAAUAUCUAUCAACAGACAGCUUCAUCAUGUGCUGCUAUGCAACCAAGUCUAUUCAAAACCUUAACUGUGUCUCCCCUGGCAACGAGUUCUCCAGCUGUGACGACAUGCUCAAAAACGCCGUAGUAAAAGUCUGCAUUUGGGCGGAAGGUGUUCUCGCUACCUUUGGCAAUCUGGCUGUCAUAGCAUGGUGGAUAUUCCUUUCAAGAAAACGACCAAGAACACGACGUGUAAAGAUAAACAGUGUCCAGUCCUUGCUAUUUUGCCAUCUCGCGCUUGCUGAUCUUCUCAUGGGAGUAUAUCUUCUGCUCAUUGGAACUUACAAUGAAAUAWGGAAGGGUGAAUACUUUCUACAUGACGUAGAGUGGAGAGCUGGCAUCAAGUGUAAAAUAGCAGGCGCCAUUUCCACUUUGUCCAGCGAAGUUUCAGUCAUGAUUUUGGUUGCCAUAACGGCCGAUAGAAUAAACACAAUUCUUUUCCAGUUCUCAGGCAGACGCACUAAUCUGAAACUUGCUCAUUUUCUCUGUCUGUUAAUUUGGGUCGCUGGCUUCAUCAUGUCCUUUACUCCCCUUCUUGUUCCAAGCUACUUCAACGACAAAGUAUCUGGCUUCAAUUUUUACGGCCGUUCAACUGUCUGUCUGCCGCUACAGUUAUCCAAGGAUCGCCCUCCCGGUUGGAAGUAUUCCGUUGCUGUUUUUAUUGGCUUCAAUGGCGCUGCGUUCUUCUUCAUCCUUGUURGUUACAUCGCCAUACUCAUAAAAGUUCRAAAAUCCGCUCAAAAAGUGCGUUCAUCAUCAAGCUCUGAUUCUGCAUUAGGGAAGCGGGUUCUGUUUGUGAUUCUGACCGACUUCUUUUGCUGGAUGCCUGUCAUGAUUCUUGGCGUAGUUUCUCUCGUCCAUGACUUCAACGAACCUUCUGUGUAUAUCUGGGUAGCUGUAUUCGUACUUCCCGUCAACUCAGCCAUCAACCCAGUACUGUACACCUUCUCAUCCUCUCAAACGAUCAACAGCAUGAAGUCAAUCAGGAGAAGAUUGUUGAAAGAUAAAGGAGGACGUUUACCACCUCAACAAAUAGGCCCCGUAGCUUUGCCUUUGAAGGASCUUAGGAUUUGCCGAGAAAAAGAAAACCCAGAACAACUAGCUGUCGAGCAAGAACUGCAUUAACUCUUCCAAACACAAACUCCAAACCUCUGAGAAUAAACGAUUGAAAACGAAAUAUUGAUAACCGAGCAUCAAUAAGUGGUGGAGGCUGAAGAUGAUGAAAGUAAAAAGACUGUAACAAGAUUGGUGAUCUUAAAGAAGACACCUCCUUAUAGAUUAAACCAUUUCUGGUAGUUUAAUAAACACGGGGAAAACGCACUGCGUCUUUCAGCGUUGCAAAUAAAUGAAAUCAGUAACAGAUUAUUUAAGGUUACUGGAGACCUUCGGAGCUAUGUUUCUCUUAAGCUCUCCCUACGCAACAAGGUCAACAAAACCCCCUUAUACUAUAUAU